UCCACAUAUAAAGGCUUGGGUUCAGAGUCUCUGCAUGUCUCUUACGGUGUGUGCUUGAGUGAAGGCAGAUACAGGACACACAGUUACAGUAACCCGUCACCAAGAUGCCUGCAGACUACAAUGGCCGAUGGGAGAUGGUCUCCAACGACAACUUUGAGGAUGUCAUGAAGGCCAUCGACAUUGACUUUGCCACCCGUAAGGUUGCUGCCCACCUGACCCAGACCAAAGUCAUUGUCCAGAACGGAGACAAGUUUGAGACCAAAACCCUGAGCACCUUCAGGAACUAUGAGGUCAACUUUACCGUUGGAGAAGAGUUUGAGGAGAUCACCAAGGGACUGGACAAUAGGAAGCUCCAGACAGUGGUUACCUGGGAUGGAGACAAGCUGGUGUGUGUGCAGAAGGGAGAGAAGGCGAAUCGUGGCUGGAAGCAAUGGAUAGAAGGAGACUUGCUAUACUUGGAUAUCCAUGUUGAAGACAAAGUCUGCAAACAAGUAUUCAAGAAAAAACCUUAACUCCUCUGAGAUAAUUAUUGUAAAAUAACAUUCAUGUUUUUCAGACUGCAGAAUUGUCUUAUGUAUUUGUAAUGUGAUUGUACAUACAUUAAAUCAGUACUUCCUCCAACCCAAGAAGAUGAGAUGCAAUGCCGUAUUGGUCUAUAAAUAUGAAUACAUGAGUGCAUAUUGAGUGGUGGUAACAUCACUUGUGAAUAAAAACAAUACAAACUAUUAAAAACACA